ACUUGUAGAAAAACCCAAAGGAAGAAGAAAAGAAUUGAGAAGUGCAGAGUUGAAAAGAUGGCAUAAAAUGACAAAAACUAGAGAACAAAAACUCCUUCCUACUUUAUUUAUUUUUUCUCCUUCUUCUAUAGUAAAUAGUAGUGAUUAUUGGAGAGAGAGUCAGAGAAUCAAAAAAAAAAAAAAAGAAAAGAAAAAAGAAAGCAAGAAAUAAUGAAAGAUAGUGAGAGUGAGUGAGAGAAAGAGAAAGAAAUAAGAUUGAAAAGAAACCCAAAUUCAUUUUCACUUUCUAUCAAAGGAAAAAAAGAAGAAGAAGAGAAGAAGAAGACGAUGAUGGAGAAGAAGAGAGAUAACAGAAAAAGAAUAAUAGAGAUAAAGAACAUUAGAAAACAGGAAAAGGGUUGUUUAUAAUUGGCUUUAUAUAUAUGGUGUUUAUAUAUACAUACAUACACUGAGCUUUUUUAGGUUUUUGUUUUGUUUUGUUUUGCUUUGCUUUGUUAUAUAUUGUAAGAUUGCAGCAGUUGCAGAAGAAGUAUCUGCAAAUUUGUUUUUCAUUCUCAAAAAUCUAAUCUUUGUGACAGUAUCUCUCAUCAAAACACACUCUUUCAGUACCAAGUUGAUUUGCUUGCAGAAGCUAAAGAUAUAAAUAUAUACAUAUAUGUAUGUGUGUAUGUGUGUGUGUAUAUAAACACUGCUUGCUGCACUAAUUGGAAAGGCACCCAACAAACAAGAUCUCUCUUUCUUUUCUCUCUUUCCAAAAACCCUUUCUUUUAUAUCUUCUGCUACAAAUUCAGAGAUUUUUUUGACCCCACUUUUCCUCUUCUUCUACCUUAUAUAACACCCACAUAGAUAUCUAUGUAUGUUUUAUGGUAAGAAUUUUUUUUUCUUUUAUUACAAAGGAAGGAAUAUAUAUUUUUGUUAUUUUUUUGUUGUUGCCAUUGUGGCUACCACAAGAGGGCAGCUACCGUCAGAUACAGGAGGAGCCUUUGCAGAUUGGGCGACAUCAUCGUCCACAGCAAUUCGAGCUGGCCCCGAUGAUUUAUUAUCACUCGGUUUCAAUCCCAACGCCGCUUCUACGGCGGCGACUGCGGCGGCUCCGGCUCAAUGGCCUCCUUCUGCUCGUCCGAUCAACUAUGGACUUGCUGGUCCUGAGAUGGGGAUGGUUGGUCUGCGGGACUUUGUCGUCGUUGCUCCUGCUGCUUCUUUUAACCAUCAUCAUCAUCACCAUCAUCAUCAUACUCAAGAUCCCAUCAUGGUGAAUGAACAAAUCAACGGUCCGAGUUCCGCCGCCGCCGCUGCCACCGCACUAGGUGUCGGUGUUAUCCCACUCCUAACAGCGUCUCCUUGUUUACCUCCACAAAAUGUGGAAGACACUGGUAAGUUCAGUGGGAUGCAACUAUGGCAGAACCAAAGUUCUUCACAUUAUCUUAAAAAACCAGCUUCCCUCCUUGAUAAUAAUCCCUCCAUGAUGGCUGGUGACGGCGGUGGAAUGGGUGGAGGUAGCGGUGGUUCUGGUUCUAGUUCAGGGGCAACAUGUCAAGAUUGUGGGAAUCAAGCUAAAAAAGAUUGCACCCAUAGAAGGUGUAGAACAUGUUGUAAAAGUCGAGGCUUAGAUUGCCCUACUCACGUUAAAAGUACAUGGGUACCCGCUGCUCGGAGAAGAGAACGUCAGCUCAUGUCGGCCGCCGCUACAACCGCUGGAGCUGGCUCAUCGGGGUCUACUUCCGGUGCUAAAAAACCAAGGCUUGUAACCUCACAAACCACCACCACUUCACAUACAUCAACUUCAAAUACUACCCCUCCUCGAAGCUUUGAUACAAGCUCGAGCCACCAAGAUGUUGGUUUUAAAGAGACAUUGCCAGGGCAAGUCCGUGCGCCUGCGGUUUUCAAAUGCGUACGAGUAACGGCAGUGGAGGGCGGUGAAGACGAGUACGCAUAUCAAGCCGUCGUUAAGAUCGGUGGACAUGUGUUCAAAGGGUUUCUUUAUGAUCAAGGAGUUGAAGGAAGAGAUGGAUUUCCAAAUAUAUCUGAAUUGCAUUUAGGUGGUGGUGGGAGAAAUGCUGGGUCGUCUUCAUCACCUGUUCUCGAUCCUUCAGACGUUUAUGCCGCUACUGGUGGUGGAUUUCUCGGUGGUGGUUUGGGUUAUGGUUUUCUUCAAGAUGUUUUGCAGGUCACUUGUGAAAAUCGGGACUGUCGAUGUGGGAAUCGCGUUUGGCUUCUAACGAUAAGGUAUUCUGUAAGAUGCUGCAAAUUUAUCCGUAUUCUAUCAUCUUAUGCAUCGUUGUUGACUAAUGCGGAUCAAAAUAAAGCUGCAGGCAUGCUUCUAAGGGUACUUAAAUCAUCAUGUGAAUUGCUUUGUCAUUCUAUCUUUAUAUAUUUACUCGUAUUUAUGUAUCGUAUCUGUAUCAGGAAACUGAUUAAUGGCAUGUUUGAUCCGUUCUUACCGCUCAAAGUUGCAUUGCAUUGUCGAUUUUCCGGCUUUGUCUUGUAGAUGAUGAAGUUUUGAUGUUUGAUGAUCAAUAAGUUGUAAUCAUGCUUUAAUAUUCUUUGGAGUCUAUUCCGGUUAGUAUAUUCGAUCGUCCCAUGCCGAAAGCAGCUAGAAAUGCUCGUUCGUUUGUUGUUUGUUUUCGUUUUCGUGCAGUGAUAAUAUCCGUAUCCGACAUUAUCGUGAUCCUGGCUGCGAAUUUUCUCGAGCUUCGAUAUAAUUUCAAACAAAAUCUCUGUAUGAACACUUCAUACAUGAUCAAAUGGUGUUUGGAAUUUUUUACUUCAACUAUGGAAAAAAUAAACAUGGUUGAUGUUUGUUUAGGGGUUAAUUUUGGAGAAUUUGAAUUUUAUUUUAUUUUAA